CGGCGGCCGCUGCCCCGCAAGGCGAAGGGCCCCCGGGGCACCCCCCGCGGGGUGCGGGGCUGUGCGGCCCGGCCCGGUGCCACCCCCCCGGGGCAAGGGGGCGCCGGGCCGGCGCUGGGCGCCCCGCAGCGCCCGGGGCGACGUUUUCUGCCCCGUGCGAAGGGGGCGGAAGGAGGCAAGCCCUGCCCCCGCGAGCGUCUGUCUGGUCUGAGGGAGCCCGGAGGCUCUGCCUGCUCCCCGCACCCGCCCCGGUCCCUGUCUGCGGGACAGGGUUUGUGCCUCGGUUCUCCGGGCGGCGUUCCUGUUGCUGCGUGUUUCUCUGGAACCGGAGGUGCGUUCCCUGGCGGGUUGCGAUUUGGCUGGAAAUGGUGUGGCUGAGCCUGAAGGUUGUGGCUUUUUGUAAGCUUGGGCUCCGCUCAGAGGCUCGAGCUUUCACUCGAACUUCCCAGAAAUGUUUUCUGCUGCGCUCAGGUUCUGGAGAGUGAAAGGCUCGAUGUGCUGCUUCCCACUUCAAAAGAACGAUGCCUGCCGCCUCUCCCUGGCGUGUGUGGAGUAAGCUUGGCAUGCUCGUAAGCCUUUAAAGAGACGAGUGAUCCUCGCCAAGUUUGAGGAAGGCAGGAGGAAGAAAUGUUUUAAGUUUAAAACUCAUUAAAGUUGAGCCGCGCUCCUAGUCCUGUAAGAUGCGGCUCAUGGAGCUGCUCUGUGCUCAGACCGAACCUCUGCGUCUCCGCGCUGCUGUCGCGCGGGUCUCCUUCCCCGUGCUCGCCCCCCGAGCAGCUCGGCGGGAGGCAGCCCGGGAGGGCUGGGCAGCGCCUCGCCGGCUUCCACAGCAGCAGCGCUGCGGGGCCGGGAGCGGGGCCGGUGGCCGUGUUGCCACCUGGAUGCGGUUCCCCAGGAGAUCUCGGGAGCCCAGCGCGUGCCCCUUGCUGCCGUGCCGCAGGGACGUGCUGGCAGCUCUGCCUCUCGCUCCCCUGCCUGCUGCUGCCGCCGUCCCAGGGGAGCGGGCUGCUGUGCGCACCUUGGUGCUGGGCCUCCUCCUUCCUGGCCCUUUACUGGAGUUUGAAUUCUUUUCAAGUGGCUUAGGUGUGUCCUGGAUCCUUUUCCUCUUAGCUGCAGACCCAGAAGUCAUUCUUCUGAUCCUUCCCUGUUCUGUUUUCCUCUUCACGAAGGAUUUCAGCUGUGCCUGGAGCGUUAGGUAAGAAGCAGCAAAUGAAAACGGAAAGAUUUAGGGUAGGACCAUCCCGAGCCUAGAAAUCAGACUUUUCGGUAUGAGCCAACUUCUUCCAUACACGAAGUAUAGAAAACUGGAGCCGAAUUAUGGGAAACAACGCGCUGCUAGCAAGAUCUCUUUUGGGCUCGGGGACCCACCCCCAGAUUCUUUAGGCAUGAGCGGUCUCAGGAACCAAGAGGAGCCGUCCGCCCUGUUCAGACGGCCCAGGCAGGGGCACGGCCCAGUCCUGCACCUCCGUGGAGCAGCUCGGUGCCAGCGCGAGGCGUUCUUUAGGAGCUCCAGGGCCAGGAGCCCGCCUGCGGCCGGCCUUCCCCGUGCUGCCUUCCCGAGUCACCGGGGACUGUCCGAGCUCUGCUGCUUUCUCCAAGGAACAGACGCCAGCCGGUACCCCGGGAGGCUGCGGCGUGUUUUUAAUAACUCAGCAGCGUCGCCCGUAAGCUGAAAAACUGGCCAGCACAAUGGGAAAAAAACAGAACAAGAAGAAAGUGGAAGAGGUCUUAGAGGAAGAGGAGGAGGAAUAUGUGGUGGAGAAGGUCCUGGAUCGGCGAGUGGUGAAGGGCAAAGUGGAAUACCUGCUGAAGUGGAAAGGCUUCUCCGAUGAGGAUAACACAUGGGAGCCAGAGGAGAACCUCGACUGCCCAGACCUCAUCGCAGAGUUCCUUCAGUCCCAGAAAACCGCACAUGAGAGCGAGAAGUCUGAGGGAAGCAAACGCAAAGCAGAGUCUGACACGGAGGAUAAAGGGGAAGAGAGCAAACCAAAGAAGAAGAAGGAGGAGUCGGAGAAACCGCGAGGCUUUGCCCGGGGCUUUGAGCCGGAACGGAUCAUCGGUGCCACGGAUUCCAGCGGGGAGCUCAUGUUCCUGAUGAAGUGGAAGAACUCUGACGAGGCCGACCUGGUCCCUGCCAAGGAAGCCAACAUCAAGUGCCCCCAGGUGGUGAUCUCGUUCUAUGAGGAGAGGUUGACAUGGCAUUCCUACCCCUCAGAGGACGAUGACAAGAAAGAGGACAAGAACUAACCCCUGGCACCCGCUCUGGCCAGCCUUUGUAUAAAGAUCUGAACUGUGGGUUUGAGCAAGAGGGAGAGAACGCAGCUCUGCUCGGUCGGGAGCGUAGAGAUGGCUGGAGAAGAUGCCCUUUGAAGAGACCAGUAUGGUUUCUGUGCCCUGCAGCUGCUCAACUGCUUUGUGCAGCUUCAUGCUGCGUACAGAUUCAAACCAGCCCGGCUCACUGGGGGGGAGGGAAGGGCAGGGGAUACGGGGGGGUGCGGAUGUUUGUUUCCAGGCUGUCCAUUUCGCAGCUCGUGGGAGAGGAGGCAAAGCCCCUUCCAUGAAGGACUGUCACUGGUGAUGGGUGGGCUGGGGAAGGGGAGUGCAGACGGAUACUGCUUGUUCUUCAAAGACCAUCUCAGCAACCCACAGCCUUCUUCCCAAUAGUGUUAACUCUGCAUUUUUACGGCGUA